GCCGGGGAGGAGCCGGGGCCUGCAGUGGAGCCGCAGGCCGGAGCAGCAGCCGCGGGAGCGGCCGGGCCUGGAGAGACUCAGCGUCGCCUGGCCGGGGCCCCUCCGCACCGGAGCCCGGGGAGCCCCUCGGGGACGAAGCCGAGGCCCGGCGGAAGGCAGCGGAGGCGACCGCUCAGCCCCGCGCAGGCCCGUGAGCCGCAGCGGCCUCCCGUGGUAGCCGGGCCCGGGCAAGAGGAGCUGGGGCCUGGGGGGAAGCCAGGGACUGCCUCCGGGCAGCCGGGGUGGGGGGACACCCCCGUAGCCUGCUGGGGUGGGGGAGAGACCCUGCCCGCCGCCCCCCCCGCCUCAUCCGCAGCCGUGAGGGGACACCCCAUUGGGCAGCCCCGCUCCCGGCGGGGGUGAUCCCCCGGCGGCCCCUCGCCGCCCCUGCCUCGCUGGCAGGCCGGAGCACACCCGCCUGCCAGCCCCCCUUCCCUGCAACUGGUGGGGGAGCUUAACACUUGCCCCUUCCCCACUAACUAGCCAAGGGUGGGUAGAGGCCCCCGGCACCAAGCCCUGGAAACUAUCUAAAAGCAGGUCUGCUCUUCCUUGCUGUGGAAUAGAGCCUCCUGGUGCUCCCUCAAUACCUGUUUGGCGGAGAGGCAUCCUCAGACCCCAGUUUCUGAGGGUUGUGAGAAUAACCCUUACUGCCUACUCUUCCUUACUACUGAGGAAAUUCCUCCCCCAAGCAGAGAAGACAGCCCUUCCCCAACUCUUCCCCAGAUCAGAUAGUAACAGGGGAGUCUUCACAAAAAAAGCCCCAUACGUUCAAGAGAGGCAGUCCCCAAGACAGAAAUAAGAAGGAGCUCCAAAUACUUACCUAGUAAUUUUAUUUAUUUUUUUUUUUUUUUUUUACAUCUGCUUAGCAGGCAGCAGAGAAAGCAAAACAAGGGAGAGAAAGCAGAAGCAGAUUUUAGAUAUUCUUACCUUUUUCAAUUGCUGUUAACCAUUGGAGGUAAUUUCCAAUACUGACCUCAUCAUUCAUCCCAAGGAAAAUUGCUCAUCGCCUAAUCCUGAAACUGUUUUCUUCAGAUAUCCUGUGCAAGGAGAGAAGACACACCUCCCAGAUACAGGGAAAGGAAAAGGCAGAUUUUGCUGAUAAUAUCCACAGAGAUAGCAAAAUUUUUUCAGAGAAAGAGAUUUGCCUGCCCUUAAAAACAAGGUGCACCUAGGGGAAAGAGAAGAGAGAUUUACAGGUAGGGAGACUGGGGAAAUCAAUCUCUGAAAUAAUUGACGGUGAAAAGGCUGUCUCCCAGGGGAACACCCCUUUAGUAGUUAGCUGCUGAAAGGGAGAGAGGAUCUCUAUCCUGGGAUAAAACCAGCAGUUUUGGGGGACUGACAGUCCCAAGCAGAUCGUUUCAAUACUCAAGAUCCUGAUUUCAUCCACAAUCCCUUCGGCCCCAAAAUAUUUCUUGAAGAAGCUCUUGGAUUAACUGACAGCAACACUCUGAGGAUGGGUCUCAGAGAAGGAAUGUGAAGGGCAGCACCCCAGAAACCAGCACUGAAGAUAAUCCACCUCCCUCCAGAAAAUCUCCCUGACAGAGUGCUCCCACAAGGCUGGGGAAGUACCUUCUCUUAGAUACAGUUUCUCUACCGCAGACCUCCUGGUUUCCAAGGGAAUAUUUCAUUCCAGAUACUCCUGCUUCCAGCAUCAUGGCCUCUGACCUGGAAAGCAGCCUCACUUCUAUAGACUGGCUCCCACAGCUUACUUUAAGGGCUACUAUUGAAAAAUUAGGGGGUUCCUCACAAACAGGACCUCCAGGGGCUGCCCGAAAGUGUCCCCCAGGCUCACCAACAGAUCCCAAUGCCACCCUGAGUAAGGAUGAGGCUGCAGUGCACCAAGAUGGGAAGCCACGUUACAGCUAUGCCACUUUGAUCACAUAUGCCAUCAACUCAUCACCUGCCAAGAAGAUGACGCUUAGUGAGAUCUACCGUUGGAUCUGUGAUAACUUUCCCUACUACAAAAAUGCUGGUAUUGGUUGGAAGAACUCUAUUCGUCAUAACCUCUCUCUGAAUAAAUGUUUUCGGAAGGUGCCUCGACCGAGAGAUGAUCCUGGGAAGGGCUCUUAUUGGACAAUAGAUACGUGUCCAGAUAUAUCUCGCAAGAGGCGGCAUCCUCCAGAUGAUGAUAUACCACAAGACUCCCCAGAGCAAGAGGCGAGUAAAAGCCCCCGAGGGGCUGUUCCAGUCAGCACAGAAGCCUCUUUGCCACCUGAGGCCACCUCUCAGCUGUCGAUCCAGAGCACCACCCCCAUUGCCAACUACACUCAGCAGAGUGCAGGGCCUGUGGAUGUUGCCUCUACUGUAGCAGGGGGUCAGGGCCGUGAAGGGGCCGAUGUGCCACCACCACUGUACAGUGCCAACCAUGACUUCAAGUUCUCCUACUCUGAGAUCAACUUCCAGGAUCUUAGCUGGUCCUUCCGAAAUCUCUACAAAUCCAUGCUGGAGAAAUCAUCUUCCUCUCAGCACGGUUUUUCUUCUCUCCUUGGUGACAUGCAGCCCUCCAACCACAACUACUACAUGUACCAGCACCAGCAGCAGCAGGGUCCCUCAUCAGUGGGUGCUGCUCCCCCUCUGCACACUCCAACACCAGAGGGUUGCCCAUCCCAAGGGGGAAAGCAGCAGGGUGGUGAAGGUUACGGCCCUCCACCAGUGAUGUCCAUGCACCCACCCCCAAUGCAGCAUGGAGGCUACCACCAGCAUCAACAACAUCACCCACACUCCCACCCACAGCAGCAGCCACAUCAGCACCAGCAGCAGCAGCAGUCACAGGCUUCAAUCAACAAUGCUGGCUUUGCAUUUCCCCCUGACUGGUGCUCCAACAUAGAUUCCCUGAAGGAAAGCUUCAAGAUGGUAAACCGGCUGAACUGGUCUAGCAUUGAGCACUCCCAAUUCUCAGAGUUGAUGGAGAGUCUGCGUCAGGCUGAGCGGAAGAACUGGACGCUGGAUCAACACCAUAUUGCCAACCUCUGUGACUCCCUUAAUCACUUUCUUACCCAGACUGGUCAGCUCCCUCAUCUGGUUGGCCCACAGCAGCCACCUCGAAUCUCUGAUUCUUGUGCCCUGAACAGUGGCAAGCAGGAGCAAUCCUUGAACCAAGUGAACUCCUAUGGUCAGCCCCAGCCUCCCCAUCUCUUCUCCGGGCCAUCUCCAAUGUACCAGAUUUCCACCCAGGACUCUCCAGGAUAUAAUCGCCCAGCUCACCAUCUGGUCCCUCGGCCUCCAGGGCCUCCUCCAGGCGCCAAUGAGGAAAUCCCUGAUGAUUUCGACUGGGACUUGAUCACCUAGCGAGUUACAGACUUGAUAGCCCGUCCUUUGUGAAGGACGUGGGAGGGAAGGGGGACAUGGGGUCAAUGGUGCCAGCAUCACCCUCCCCAGCCUCCCUGCCUUGCCUGUAUAUAGAUAUAUAUUCUCUAUCUCUGCCAGAGAAGCCACCGCAAGAUGCUGCCGAAGAUAAUCCUUCCUUGCGUCCUGUUUUAUCUUAUUUUUCUUCUUUUGUUUAUUAUUAUUAUUAUUGUUAUUAUUAUUAUUACCAGUAAUUGAGCACAGCCCUCCCCCUCCUCUGGUGGCCUCAGACGCAUCAGAUCGGCUCUUUCGUGUUGCGUGGUGCCCUGUGGAGGGCGGGAAGAUGGGUCCUUGGUGCCAUGAAAAGACCUCGGAAGGCUGAAUCCUCAAGUGCAUCUUUCUCUGCCUCCGUCAUUUUGCGUUUAACAAUCCAUCUUUCUCUUCAAGGUGGCCGGUGAAUCUGUUGUAUUGGCUACUGGAGUGGGAGAGCCUAAUGGACCCUGGGAGCCUGUAGUUCUGUUGUUCCAUAAAUGUUGUAAAGGUCAGGGGGCUAAAGGGACACUGGAGGGGUGAUCUUAGCUCUGUGAACUUUCUUGCACCAGCAGGAAAAGCAAGAAAAGAAGUAGAGUUCCCAAGUACAAAGAGAGGGUAAUCCCUGAGGUAGGGAGAGCUGAGCUGUGAGGGUAGACCUGCAUUUCGAGAAAGGAGAAUGCAGCAGAGAUGAAAUUUCAGCAGAGAAGCUGGGCUUCAGAAUGCGGCGCCAUCUGUGGGGACUGAGAUUUUGAGGGAAUCCUGACCUAUUUUCUACACUGCCUUUUGCAGCCUCCAGGUGAAGCCUACACAUCCAUCAGGUAAAAGAAGCAGUCAGGGGUGUCACAUGAUUCAGCAAAUUCUAUUCCCCAGAGCUUUUAAUUUCACCCCCCCCCCCCCACCUCUUCAAGCCCUUCUUCAAAAUACGUAGUGAAGCUCUUACUUGCAUAUGCAAAUUUGGAAGUUUUCUCCCAUCAGUAUUUGGUUAGUUGUUAUCUGGCCCUGCACCCCUCCUGUUUCUCUGGAGACUGUCCUUGCCCGUGGUUUGAGAGUGCCCAGCAGCAGGAGCCUUGUUGCGCAGGUGCAGAUUCUCAGUCAGCGGUCCCCACUUUGAGAAGGGGCUAGUGGUGGGCAGAGGAAGCUGUUGCUCGGUGUGGAGGUGAAUUAGGAGACUUGUGGUCAAGGGGCUGCACCCUCUGGUCGAGCAACUGGGAGGCCCUCAAAGUGGUUUUUCUAAGAGGUGCGUUAGAAGAGUGAGGAUGAAGUGAGACAGAUUUUUAAACUGAACAGCCAAAGAGUGUAGUAUAAAAGGGAGGAGGGUGGGUCAGACCCCUUGCAGUUCAGCUGGGGAGAUGAUGGAACCUGGUGUCAAUCCUGAAGGAUGAGUUUUGUCGGCACUUGCGAAUCAGGAAGGUGGAAAAGGUGCAGGAGCAGGAGUGUUGAGAUGCCUCCUCCCCAAAGCUGUGUCCUGUGUUCCCCUUUUUUUCUGGUAUGGCUCUGUUCUGUCAGACCUCUUGUUUCCUCUUAAUAUUUUGUAAAGCCUCCCCCCAGCCCUUACUCCCUGUUUACCAGUGAAGGGAACCAAGACGUAAAUAGAACAUCAUGGCCACUUGGCAGGCCUGGGACGGGACUAAUAACCUCUACUCUGACUGCAGGAAGGUGGGGAACUAGCACUGAUGCUUAAAUUUGUUAUGGGAAUAAACCAAUUGGAUCUUUGUCAGGGAAGUGGACAGAGUCCCAUUGUAUUGGGCGGGGUGGACGGAAAAUUGUUUUGUUUUUGUUUUUGUUUUUUUUUUCUUUUUUAAGUGUGUUUUGGGGGGAGUUGAUCAUUGAGUGUUUCCAAAAGAAAUGGCGAAUCUCAGACUACUUCAGCGUGGAGUUAGCUGUUUUCUCUGCUGCCUCAGGAUGGGAAUGAUACAGCUUGGAAGCAUGUACAAUAGGUUUCCGUGGAAAGUGGCACCAGAGACAAUGUCUGGUAGGUGCCAGCUAGUGCUUUGUAGAGGAUGUUGCUGAGAGCAGGCCCUGUGGAAGUCUGAAAACACCACUGGAAGAAAAACAAACCAAGAUGGUUCCUUCUGCGUAUCCAAGUGCUCCUCAUUUGCAUAUUUGACUCAUUUGCAUAUUAAGUUGCGCCUCGAUUGCAUAUGUAAAUACAUGCCGGUCAGUGUGCAAAUUAGCCCCAUUCCUCUGCCCCUGAAAGAAACGUGCAUUGUUAGUCCGUGGGAAGGCAUCGGGCGGGCAGCGUGGAGCUCUGCAGGCAGCGUGGGUGCUGGCCUGCAGGGAGGGGGGCGCCAGCCUGGCCCCGGGAGGGUUCUUGCAGGCCCCUCCAGCGUGGUGUGGCCCCCGUGCUUCGUGUCCGUGGUCAGGGGGAGAGGGGCGUGGUCUCACGAGUUUAUUUUUGUGCAUGCUUUCUUAAUAAAAAGAAAAAGUGAAUGUUUAUGGUUUAA